AUGGGGGUGGAGGGUUGUUUUGAGUUCCUCGUCCACCCACAAGUGUCUCAGGAAACCACAAAGAUGGAUAAGAGUGCUGAAACCCACGAAUAUAUUGGAAAGGUUGAGAAGCAUGUGUCACAGAAGGACUAUGCCGCAGGUUUGGUGGCAAAUAUGGCAUCCAGUCGGAUCGUCAGGAUCGUUCUGCCGAUGGAUAAGAGUGCUGAAACCCACGAAUAUAUUGGAAAGGUUGAGAAGCAUGUGUCACAGAAGGACUAUGCCGCAGGGUUUGGUGGCAAAUAUGGCAUCCAGUCGGAUCGUCAGGAUCGUUCUGCCGUUGGAUGGGAUCACAUAGAAAAAGUCGAUAAGCAUGAGAGUCAAAAAGAUUACUCAAAGGGAUUUGGAGGAAAAUUUGGUGUUGAGAAAGAGCGCCAAGAUAAGUCGGCCUUAGGCUGGGACCAUGUACAGGAUGUUGAGAAACAUGGUUCUCAGAUUGAUUAUAGUCAUGGCUUUGGUGGGAAGUUUGGCGUCCAGGCUGACCGCCAGGACAAGUCUGCCUCAGGAUGGGACCACAUUGAAAAAGUUGAUAAACAUGAGAGUCAGAAAGACUACUCCAUGGGCUUCGGCGGCAAGUUUGGCGUUCAGAAGGACCGACAAGAUAAGUCAGCUGCUGGCUGGGACCACAUAGAGAAGGUGGAUAAACAUGAGAGUCAAAAAGGUGCGAGAACUAUCAUGGUAGUCUGAAAUACUUAUUAAACUGUUAUCUCCUUUACUUAUGUUGUUCUUUCAUUGGUCUCUUUUACUACUAGCAAAUAUGAGCCGAGGGUCUUCUAAUAUUACCAUCACAAGUUUUUAACAUGAUAAACUAAGCAUGAUUCACUGUAUGAGUGAUCAUGUUGGGAUUGUAACUACAUUUAGUCAUUGUGUGAUUGUUCAACCAUAUAUGUAGCUGUUUCCAGACUUCUGCCUUAUUCAUUUGCGUCUGUUAACUUCUCUACCUUUGUGUUUGUGU